UCAGAACGGUCGCCGCCGGAGCGGGGCGAGGCUGCGGCGCUCGGUGCCGCCGUUCGGCCGGGAGAGCAAGGAUGAGAGCGCAGAGGACGCGGGGCCACGAGCGACGCAGGUAACGGAGCCGGGCUGCGGCGGCCGCGGCUGGCUUUCUUCCGGGAUCCGGGGCGCUGAAUGGGGAGCACCGAGGCGACGCUGAGCCGCGCCUCGUAGCGGCGGGGCGGCUGCUCGAGCUGCAACUGCCAGAGACGAUGUGCGGAGCCCGGGCGGCGCGAGGCAGUUGAGAGCCUUCGGGCCCCAGGACGCCGGGGCCCGGGAUGAGUUAGCGAGGGUCACCGCGGGGGCCGGUUCCUAGGGCUACAGGCCAAGGCGACGGCGCCGCCCGCCCGCCCCUUCCGUGCAGAGGCCGCCAGCUCCUUGCCGCGCCCGCGCUCCCGGCCCCGGAGACCAUGAGGUUCCGCAUCUACAAACGGAAGGUGCUGAUCCUGACGCUCGUGGUGGCCGCCUGCGGCUUCGUCCUCUGGAGCAGCAAUGGGCGACAAAGGAAGAACGACGGCCUCGCCCCGCCGCUGCUGGACGCGGAGCCCCCGCGGGGUGCGGGCCAUCUCGCCGUGUCCGUAGGCAUCCGCAGGGUCUCCAACGACUCGGCGGCUCCUCUGGUUCCCGCGGCCCCGCGGCCCGAGGUGGACAACCUAACGCUGCGGUACCGGUCCCUGGUGUACCAGCUGAACUUUGAUCAGAUGCUGAGGAAUGCCGAUAAUGACGGCACCUGGAGCCCCGGGGAGCUGGUGCUGGUGGUCCAGGUGCAUAACCGGCCGGAAUACCUCAGGCUGCUGCUCGACUCGCUUCGGAAAGCCCAGGGCAUUGAUGAAGUCCUCGUCAUCUUUAGCCAUGACUUCUGGUCCGCAGAGAUCAACCAUAUGAUAGCCAGCGUGGAUUUCUGCCCGGUUCUUCAAGUGUUCUUUCCGUUCAGCAUUCAGCUGUACCCGAAUGAGUUUCCGGGUAGUGACCCCAGAGACUGCCCUAGAGACCUAAAGAAGAACGCAGCUGUGAAGUUGGGGUGCAUCAAUGCCGAGUACCCCGACUCCUUCGGCCAUUACAGAGAGGCCAAGUUCUCACAAACCAAACAUCAUUGGUGGUGGAAGCUGCAUUUUGUAUGGGAGAGAGUCAGAGUUCUUCAAGAUUACACUGGCCUUAUUCUUUUCCUGGAAGAGGACCACUACUUAGCCCCAGACUUUUACCAUGUCUUCAAAAAGAUGUGGAAGUUGAAGCAGCAGGAGUGUCCUGGGUGUGAUGUCCUCUCCCUGGGGACCUACACUACCAGUCGGAGUUUCUAUGGCAUUGCUAACAAGGUAGAUGUGAAAACUUGGAAAUCCACAGAGCACAAUAUGGGCUUAGCCUUGACCCGAGAUGCCUACCAGAAGUUGAUCGAGUGCACAGACACUUUCUGUACUUACGAUGAUUAUAACUGGGACUGGACUCUUCAAUAUUUGACUGUAUCUUGUCUUCCUAAAUUCUGGAAAGUCUUAGUUCCUCAAGCUCCGAGGAUUUUUCAUGCUGGAGACUGUGGUAUGCAUCACAAGAAAACAUGCAGGCCAUCCACCCAGAGUGCCCAGAUCGAGUCAUUCUUAAAUAAUAACCAACAGUACAUGUUUCCAGAAACUCUAGUUAUCAGUGAGAAGUUUUCUAUGGCAGCCAUUUCUCCACCUAGGAAAAAUGGAGGGUGGGGAGAUAUUAGGGACCAUGAACUGUGUAAAAGUUAUAGAAGACUACAGUGAAAAACAAAUCACAAUUGCAAAAAUGACAGUCUUCUGUUUUUUAUAGUUCUUUCAAUGGGAUAUACAAUUGAAUAAAGGGUAUAGGAACUGGUUUCUGCUUUAAUACACAGAUUUCUUGUAAAAGGUGUCCAAAUAUAUAGUAAUCCUAUUCAGUUAUGUCUGAUUAAAAUUUCAAACUGAAAUUUCCAUUUUGGGUCUUGGGUUUUAAAAUUCAGUCUAUCUGCUUAAGGGUAAUUAUUAGAUUAUUAUUGAUUAAAAAUGUUAUUUAAGUCACAUCUGUUAACCUUUCUAUCUAAAACUUUGUAUACUUUUCCACUUUCAGAACUUAUUUUAAGUAUAGCAAGACUUAUUUAAAACUGACACAACAGUAAAAAGUAUUACAAUGAGACUAUUAAGAGUAUUGCUGGAACAAACCCAGAGUCACUAUUGACUUUUAUUUGGAGGAAUUGUCUGACCGGUUUAAUCACUCAGAAGUUCUGUUUGUUAAACACCCUGUCAGAAGAGUCAUUUCAGUAUUACUGAUUCCUGUGCUAUUGUGUUAAGAUUUGCCUGUGCUUUCAGCCUUCAUAUUACUUGAUUUAUGUUGGAAUGUAUUUGGUUAAUAAGAAAGUUUAAACACUGUUUUCACCUCAAUAUAGAAAUACAGUGGUUUUGAUUUUUUUUUAUUUUUAGUGCUGCCAAAAUAAAAUACUCAUUUUUUUCAUAAA